GUUUUUCUCAAAAUCAACUAUUUUCGGUGAUUGAUUCACGCUCACCUGGAGUGACGUAGGCAGUGCGGCUUAAUGGGCGCCUGGAAAAGGAGGAGGAAGUGUGAGUAAAGAGAAAUAAGUCACAUCGUGAAGCAGAGGACUUGUGCCGUUUAAAUUCUCCUGCCUUACACGGGACUAGAGCUUUCCAAGAACAAGCGGACUGAUCAGAGCCAUCGUUUAUAGGACGGCUGGUGUUCCUCUCAACACAGGUAAGAGAGCUGUUUAAGGGCUCCCAGUCUCCGUGUUUGCUGGACUUUGUGACUACCCGCUGCUAUGAGCCAUGAGAAUGUGAGGCAGACAUUUUUCCACCCACCCUAAUCCGUCUUCAGCCAGUUCUUGGGAAUUCAGACUGCUUCUGAACUUCUUCAGCGCACAAGUGUAUUUUUUGUUUUUUGUUUUUUUGUGUGUUAAUGUGUGAGUAUGUGUAGGUUAUGUUUUCAAGAAUGCAGUUAAACUCACUAUCUAACGCUUUGUGGGUAUAAUUUAAAACUUUAUAAGAUUAUUCGAGUGUCACCACGACAUUAUAACCUUUGCACAUUGCACGACAGGAGUAUAGCCUCACAGGUACACUAAGAGAAUAAUCGAUGUGUUGUUGUUUUUUUGUUAGUUUUUUUUUUUUCUUUUUUGGUGCACAGAUUUUCUGAAGCAGAAGUCUGCUUGUUUGUUUGACAACAAGUGCAGUGUGGGAGUGAGCAGUGAGUCACGGGCUGUGUCCCUCAAUAUGAGCCCUGACAUAACUGACUGCAGGUCCACUGACUGUGUCUGUGUGUGCGGAAUAGGUCUCGGGUGAGGAUUGUGUCCCUCUGUGGGUCACUGGUGGUAGCCCCUUAAAGGUCGUCCUUAGAAAUACUUUUCAUAUGAAUAAUGUGAAAUGAUCCCAUUAGUGCCCCUGCUUUUCCUCAUGUGAACCUUUAAGGGGACAAAUUGUACUGCCUACACUUCAAACUUUUGUCUGUUUCUGCAUAUUAACACAAUUUUCCCUUUCUUCAGAUUCUUCCAAUGCUGUAGUUCCUGCAGUGCUCAAGAGACUUGGGCACAGUGAAUGGUGGAGGUUGUCAUGUCCAACAGCCAGGCAGAUAGCUGCAUGGGGGACCAGGCCCCUCCAAUUCUGGAGAGCUAUUUCUCCACAGAACUCCAUAUAUCUGAACCAGGUGACGAGUGCUGCCAGUCACAAAGCUCUCUGCCACCCCAAUCUGAAGACUCCACUCCGCAGGAAGAUGCGAUAGACGGGGUAAUAGUGCCUCAGCAGGUAGUUCUAUGCACUGAGAGUCCUGCAGCUUUGAAAGCCGGCACUCGUCAACUCAUUCCCAGAAAUUUAGCUGCUGGUGGUAGGCCUAAAAAUCGCCACCACACCACUGUGGUGACAUUCCCAGUUGGACUGGAGAACUCCAGCAGUAGCAACAGGAGUCGUCAUUCAGCCCAGGGUCCAGACGUGUCCUGGGAAGACUAUGACAGUGAUUGUGAUGGCUUUGCUUUGAGAAGGAACCGCAGAAACAAAUCCUACAGAGCAGCUGUGACCAGCCUGGACAUUGAGGCCAUAGCUGCAGGACAAGGGGCCACAUCCCAACUGAAGCCUGUGAGGGAGGAUAGGGCACCAAGUCCUGGCCCAGCUCGCAGUCUUGGAACCAAGGUAGUGUGUUGCGGUUUUGAUUAACAUACGCUGUCAAUAGACAAUAUCAGUCAUUUCUUGAUAAUUCAUCCACUGCGCAUUUAAAAGCCAAACCUGCUCAAAUCUAGUAUUAAAUUGUGGUGCCAGUUCUGUUCUUCAGAAACAAACUUGGCACUGCAGUUUUAUUUUCUAAGGUUGCAUCAAGCAUAGUCAGUUACAUUAGCAGUGAUUCUUCUUGAUGAUAGUGUGUUUCCAUAACUGUCUGCUGUCCUCCAGACCAUUACUAGGCUGGGGAAGUCCUCGUAGGGGUUUACCCGACUAUAUAUGAAAAGAGAUAAAAAUAAUCAAAGGGAAGUACUACAGAGGGAAUGAGAAAUCCAACAGAAGAUUUACUAAACACUGUUUAUUAACUCGGGGAUCAGGUUUUCUCCAGUUUAUUUAUUUAUUUAUUUUUUUACGUCAUUGCUGUCCUCUCUCUAGCGAACCUUUGGGAGAAGAAAGAGGAACCAGAACAAGCGUGGGUCCUUCAAAGAUGGUAGGUCAAGUAAUAUGUCAAUCAGUCCACUUAUGAUUUGAAGGUAGUGAUGAGUUGUCAGUUUUCACAAUAAAAAUGUUGAAACAAGCAUGACAUGCUGUGUGUAAAACGACACAAAAUCAGCUUGUUCGAGUUUAUUGAAGACAGCUUAAAGCAGCAGGAGAGGAACCAACAGAAAAUAGUUGAGGGUGAAGUAUCAAAUGAUGAGAUUUGAUGUCCUUCUAUUGAGACCCUGUCACUUAUUCCCUUUGGUAUUGCAAUAAUGUUUUUGAGUACAUUUUUAAGUAUAACUUUGAAUUGACCUUGUUAAGGGGCCUCGAGUUGGCUGGAUAGUCAGCAUUGUGACUUUACAGAAAGAUGGUUCCUGAUUCAAAUCUCAGCUGAGGCAUUUCUGUGUAGAUUUUUUAUAUUAUCCCUGAGCAUGGGUAGGCUCCCUGUAUAUACUCCAGAUCUUUCCCAAUGUCCAGAGCUCAUUAGAUAAAGUGGUGACUUUAAAUUGCCUGUAGGUGUAAGAAUGAGCAUGUCUGGUUGUUUCUUUCUGUGUGUCAGCUCUUUGAUAGACUGGGGACUUGCCCAGGGUGUACCCUGCCUUUCACUUAGUGGCAGUUGGGAUUAGCUUUAGUAUCUCUAAACCCUGGAUAGAAAGAGCUGUAUGAAUAAUAAACAAUUGAUUUGAUGUUUUUGUUUAUUUGAGUUACCUGUAUGUUCUACACUGAAAAUCAAACCUGUGACCUUUCCCUUUUUAAAAGGAUCUGUACUCGUCCAGCAAUGAUACACUCCAAGCAGUAAUCUGAAUUUAAAACAUUCAGUUUCCAAGCAGAUUCAUUCUCACCUCCUACGCUCUUAUUGUUGUCUGAGUGCCACAUGUGACGAUGUCCACAGAGUCCAUCUGUGCCUCAGUGUUUCAUAUAUAACGCUCAACAGAAUACCUACAGUUACCCUUUUCAAAACAUCUGGUUGAAGAGGGAUUGAUGAAGAAUUUUCUUUUGCAUAAGCAUACUGUAGAAGAAGUGUUUAGGUCAAGAAGCAGGUAUUUAAACCUUUUUAACAAUGCCUUUUUUAAGGAUAGUUUUCAGAUGUUGUUCUCCACAAAAAUGAAGCACGUGUGUAAUUCAAAGUCUAACCAUAGACCUUGAGCUGAAACACAGCUGAUGUUAAUGUGAUUCUCAGCUACACCGCGCCUCUACCAGGAGAUCAGAGAAAGAGGGCUCCACUCCACCAACCAGGAUGAGCUGCUGGAUGACUUUGUGAUUGUAGAGCCUCCCAUAGAGGACCAGGGCAUUGUGGUCAAGAGCUACAGGCCUGCACAACUCACCUGGAGCCAGCUGCCACAGGUAAAUCCACAACUGCAGUGACAUACAAAUGCAGUCAUGAAGAGAAACAAAGAUGCAGUAAGAGCAAAACCUCUGAGUUUUGUGAACAAUUUUUAUUCAUGUUUAUUAAUUGUCUAGAUAUUUGCUUGUAUCGUUCUUGUUCUCUCCAAUCUAACUAUUUGAAUUCAUUUUGGAUUGUAAUCUGUUGUAAUGACAGUAAAUUUUUGCAGCGAUAUAAAUCUUCAAUUAUUGUUAAGCUUUAGUCCAGUAGGCAGUCUUUUUUCCAACUACUGCAUUAAUUGACACACACUAUGACCCAAUGUCAUGACCUUGUGAAUGUAUUCGCCAAGGUUGCCCAACCGGUUGGGGAUGUUGGGUGUUCAUCUUUAUCAUUUUCGAAACAAGCUAUAUCUCAAAUAUGCAGAAGAAAUGCAGAUAGUGGCUUGACUGUCUUUAUUAUAUCUCCUUUAAAGGUGAAGGAAACAGGUAUCCUGACAAUGAUCUCAGCUCAGGAGCGAAAGAGACAAGAGGUAAGUCUGUGUGUGAGUGUGUUUACAUCACAUGUGCUGUACCCACUAAAAUGUCUUCAAAGGGAUUUUCACGAACUUAAAUUUGCCAAAGAAAGUUGAAUAGCUAGUGCUUAUUGUGAUGGAAUAUUUUUAGUUCAAACUGAGCAUAAUAAAAAUCUCAGGACUUCCACUCUCACUCACCAUUUUCAUCAGUGUUACAGAUGGCAAAACAGUACGGUUUCAAUCCACAGUAGAAUUUUGGUCUGUGGUUAAAAGACAUCUUUCCUUAGUGUCUGUAAAUAUGUUUUUUGUUAUUUUUGUGUUCCAGCCACUGAGGUAGAGAGAAAAGUAUGUUCAAAAUCAGAGCAGCAGAGGCCAAUGUAGUUGGACGUUUAUCUGCAUUCGGUCAAGCCCAAAAGCAGGAGGUCCUGUAUUUUCCUCUAUAGAUCUCAAAGGUGAUUUUUGUUAGACCUCUUCUGCCUCCUUAUUGCCCUCUCCCCUCAAAUCCUACUUGCCCAGUGUGUAAUGCUGGGUUUCAGUAAUGUAAGAGAAGACAUAGAUAACAUGGAUGACAUAAUCUGGGAAAUAAAGCAUUAUUCUAAUAAAUUUCUCAGCUUUAUUAUGCCUGCUGCUGACACUUUUGAACAAGCUUAAAUUCAUUUUAGAGACUGGAUGAAAAGCUUUGUAAGGAAUUAAGAGUUUCACUGCGUUGAUACAGUACCUCCAGGUAAUGUGUGUGUGGGAAAAAUUGAACACCACAGCUUUAUGCUAUCUUUUGUCUAACACUAUCUGAGGGUGUAUUUCCUCUUUUGCAACACCCCUUCUUAACAGCAGAUGUUAUGUCAAUACCAAGUCCACCCUGUGUGCACAACGGUUCAUGAGUAAAGCCACACCCUGUCAGUGUGAUCACAUUCAGUUCGUGUCCCUAGCAGGGUUUGUUUUGCUCUUUUGGACUUCAGGUUUAGCUUUAGUGUUUGAAUAGUGGUCCCUAGAUAUUUAGCCAUUUUUAGCAACCGAAUGGCAGCUAUUUAAGGUUGAGAAACCAUUUUUCUGGUUGAUUUUUUUUAUUUUAUAUCCCAAAAGUAAUACUCAUGUGGUGUGCAUACAGUGUUACACCAGAAGGGUUCGGCCCCAGGCAACAGGCAAGACUAUGGAGCAGGCAAACUCUCCUCGACUAUUUUAAAACAACAUGGUAGUGUCAUUUGGUUCUGUCUGCUGUGUCACAGGCAUCUGAUCACCUGCCUAAGAUUCUGACCAUAAAUAGCACUCUACACAGCUACAGCUCCCCCCUUCAAAAUAUGUACUCUGCUCUUCAUCAUAAUCUUCCUCUAACACUUCUAUAAAGAGGAUUCUGAUGACUUAUUGCAUUUCCGAGUCCUACAUGAUUUCUUUGAUAGCUGCUACAACUAUUACCCUCUAGUAUAAUGGAAUGACUAAAGAAGUCUAUCACAUGACCAAAUGAGAUCAGGAUUUUGUUUCACUGAGAAUGAAAUCCUAGAUUUUAAAAAGUCUUCAGCACCCAGCAUGUGCAAGUAUUCAUAGAAAGGGAAGAGAUAUUUAAGAGCAGCAUCAAUAUACCAGGAUGCAUUUUGGCCACUAUAACCAUUUUACUUUGUUUCAGGGAUUUUCACUCGUGCUUUAUUUGAAGAAAUAAAUUAUUAACUGUUCUCUAUCUUUGCAUUAAACAGUCAAAUUCAGACGACGGAGGCAAAUCAAUCAGUUUUCCUUACAGAAGUAGAUCAAAGAUUUUCAUUAUACUAUGACCCACGUGUUAGAUGUGUAGCACAACAACUUCACAGCAUGAUUUUUACCUUUUAUUCCAAGUUUUCAAGCUGUAAAUAAUGUACUUCGCAAAAUAUAAAUUUGCGUUUCACAUGGGCACUAAUUGACACAUUGUGAUUAUACAGGCCAUAUUUGAGAUCAUCACAUCGGAGCACUCAUACUUGCACAGUCUGGGUAUCCUGGUGCGUCACUUCAAGAGUAGUGAAGCCUUAAAGAGGACCAUGACGGCCACAGAACACCAUCACCUCUUCUCCAACAUCUCUGUCAUCCACAAAAUCAGCCAAGGGUAGGCACAUCUGAAACCUGCUGGCAGUCUGGCUUGUUUAUGUGCUGUAUGUGUGUGUGUGGGGUAGAUGAAAAGCUAGUUAUGGGGGAGGUUCACUACCUCAGUAAAACAAUGGAUGAUGUUAUCACUGUGUGAAGCAGUUCAAUGGACCUGUCCUCGGUAGACAGUAUUGACUUGAACUUAAACUGUGUGAUAUUGUUCAGUGUGAAACAAUUCUCUCACCAAGAAAAGAUUUGCAGGGUAAAUUUUAGAAAAUCAGGUCAACUAUUUGCCCUUAGAAUGUCUAAAGUCUCCUGUAGGCUAUAUCGACAUGUCAAAACACGCUAGUCAAACAGGUUCUCCUGCUCUGAGUGGUAUUCCAAGGCUUUAAGAGGAUAAUGUGUUUGAAAGCAGCCUGUGUUAUCCUGUAUAUUUCUUAUUCUUAUUCUCUUUAAAUGAGAAUAGAUUCUGUUUCACCUGCAAAGAAAUAACCGUUCUUCUUUACCUUUUUUCCCAUCCAUUUCAAAAAAACAAAACAAAAAAAAAACAGGACCUGUGAAACAAGAAUGCAAAAAGUGUCUCACAAGCUGAAAGGCUCGUGUGACUUACAGUAUGUGUAUUUGAAUGAGAGCUCUGCAAUGGCUUCCUGGGCUGGGCUGUUUUUAAGGUGUCAUUUUACUCUUUUCAUGUGAAAAAGGCUCUUAGCAUGGGUGGGGCUGAAAGUCAUUCAUGAAAGGUUUAACAAAGCUAAGGUAGAAAGGGUUACCUACUUUUUGCAGUUAAAAUAUGAUUUACAUAUUUAGAUAAUCACACACUCAUAUCCUAAAAUGUAUAAACUUGAAAAAAGUAUCCAGCAUAUAAUAAUAACUUUAUUAUUCAUAUAUAUAUAUAUAUAUAUAUAUAUAUAUAUAUAUAUAUAUAUAUAUAUAUAUAUAUAUAUUAUUUUUUUUUUUUUUUUUUUUUUUACCUUGACUAUAUAUAGUCAAAGUGGAAAGUAACUGAUUAUAUUGACUGGCAUUUGAGCAAGUACAAAAAAGGAUCGCACAUACCUGUGCUAAAAUCACAAAAAAUCUGACUUUUCAAUCCCUUUUUACAUACCACCCUCUGGGUCAAAUAGCACUUAGUACGCAGCAAAUGUAAUACUUUUAAUUUUACUGAAGCAGAUUUACAGAUUGGUACUAUUUUGUCUACUCAAGUCAAGUGGAUUUUUAUCAAAGAAACUUUAUUUUAACCUGAGUAGAAAACUUAAAUGUAUCCCAAUCAGUUAUUCAGUCAGUGGGAGCAAAGUCCUAUUUUAACCUCCUCCUCUCUCUCCUAUUCAGGUUUUUCGAGGACCUUGAAAGGCGUCACUAUGACAACCCAGUAAUCCGGGACAUUAGUGAUAUUGUUCAGAACCAUGCUACCAAUCACUUUGAGCCCUACAUUGUGUACUGCUCAAAUGAGACAUUUCAGCAGAGGACGCUGCAGAAGCUGCUGUGAGUGGCAAUGUAAAUUUUAAGACACUGUAGCUAUUUGUAAUAUGCUAAACUUCUGUCCUUAUUUCUGUCUUAGGACCAGUAACACAGCAUUUAAAGAAACGCUUAAGCAAAUUGAAGGGAGCAAUGAAUGUGGAGGCCUGCCCAUGAUCUCUUUCCUCAUCCUUCCGAUGCAGCGAGUCACCAGACUACCUCUACUGCUGGAUGUCAGUUUAAUCUUUGUUUUCAUUUAUAAGCCACUGUCAGGAUUUGGCAGCACCUUCACAGUAUUGUUUUAUCAUUCAUUACUUGUUUUUUUCAUCAGCAAAAGAUUUGAAGUUGUGUCAUGUUAUCAGACUCGUUGUCACUUUCUAAAAUGCUCUAUAAAAAGGCUGUUUUGGGCUUGAGACAUCCGGGGACAGAAAAACAGAGAGAGCUGAGGAUGUUUUUAAGUGUCAGUGUGAAAAUUAUUAGUGUUGGACCCAUAGUAGAACCCUGACGACCACCGUAGUCUGAAUUAUGGCUAUUCAUACAUGACUCUCCAAGAUGGAUAUGUCUGCAUUCAUGCACACUUGUUUUGUCUUUUGGAAAUAAUUCUGAUACCUUUUUAAUUUUCAUUGCACAGACGAUUUGCCAGAAAACUCCAGACAAGACAGCAGAGUAUUUUGCUGCUGUUUGGGCACUGCACGCCAUGAGUAAGGUACAGGUGCUCAGAAAAACCCAGCUAAAGGCCUGACAGCCAUUCUUAAGCCCCACAUAAAAAGUGGACUGUGGAUAGAGAAAAUGUAUCUUCAAGGGUUCAGCAGUCAUUGUGUCCUAAAUGUGACUAUUACUUUCACAGUUGGUUGCUAGCUGCAAUGAUGGGGCUAGACGGAUGGAGAGGACAGAGCAGAUGUACACUAUCCAGAAACAGAUGGAUUUUGGAAAAAUCAAGGUAAGAGCCUACCAAAUGUUCCUUACAAACACGCUAGAGGAAGGAAAUACACAUGGAGUUCACAGGUGUGAUUUUUAUGAUUUUCUGAUACAAAUUUUAGUCUGAUAACUUGUGUGCUUGAAGCCAUUUCCCCUGGUGUCAUCAUCACGGUGGCUGAAGAAGAGCGGUGAACUGGCUGUCAGCAGUGAAGAGCUUAGCAUCUGGAGGGCUUUUAGCACCAGGAGCUACUACCUGUUUCUUUUUAACGAUGUACUGAUUGUCACCAAAAAGAAAAGGUCAGUGGGAUUGAAAUACACUUAAUUUAUUCUGAUUAUUAUUUAGACGAAGUUUAAAAUAACACUGCAGAAAAAUGUCAGACUGUAUUGUGAAUUCUAAAAACCUAAAGCAUCUUCUUGUCAACUCUCACAAAAGAUUGCUCAAGUAGCAAAAGUUUGGUACUUGCUGUAAUUGGAGGUUGCUCAAAAUGACAAACUUGUGAAUCACAACCAGUAAAGCAAGUUAUUAAAAACAGUUCCCAAAGACUCCCGUAAACUUUGAGUAAGUCCAGCUGAAUGAAGGGGAACACGGAAAACAGAGAGGGAAAUGCAGAGGAAGGGGACAGAAGAAAGAGAGUGUGAAUGUUUUGCAGGCAUACUUGAGAUUCUUCAAUCUAGCAUUCAGCAUGUCAGCUCUAAAGACUUCAGCUUUCUGUUUUGAGUUAGGGAGGAAACAAACAAUGUCAGCUCAGAUAGAGGAGUGGCCCACAACACUGGAGUCAUUUUUUUUUACUUUGUCAAGCUCACACUACCCUCCAGUCUUAAGAUUAUAACUGGGAGGAAAUAAAAUUAGCAGUUAGUCAAGGAAUGUAUUUUGAACAAGCGUGCUUGUUCAUUGAACAUUCAUACACAGUGAAAAUGUCAGGAUUUAGCAGAAUUGAAAUGUGAAGAAAUGGGGAUUAAACCAUGUUGCUCUCUGGCUUUGGCUCACUAGGAACAUCUUAUCUGAUUUAUGUGUCUGCAAAAUAUCAUGAGAAACCAGAUAAACCCAACAAACAAGUGUGUUUUUUUUGUCUAGUGAAGAGAGCUAUGUGGUCAUGGACUAUGCCACCCCAGAGAAUGUGGAGGUGGAGGUUGGUGAGGAUGCAGAGGGACGGAUGUCUCCUCCCUCCAGGAACAGCCACUAUCUUUCCUUCAGACUGCUGAUGAGCAAGAAUAGUGAAGGGAGAGCAGAGCAAAUCUCUCUGUUGGCUGAGUCCAGGUACCGCAACUUUCAAUUCCAUCAAGCCAGUCAUAUUGAGAUCAGAAAUCUUGCAAGGGCCUAUAUCUGUUACUUUUUUUCUUAUGUUUGGCUCCCUCUACUGGCAGAAAGGAUAUAAACAAGCUAAAAUAUUGUAUUCAAAAAUCUUUUGUCUUAUUAUAAACACAGUAGUGCCAAAAAGAGUUGGAUUUAUAAAUAACAGUACUGUCUUGUCACUGUUGUUAAGAGUGGACCGGGCACGUUGGAUAGUUGCUCUUACUGAGCGAAGGGAUAUGGGCAUAUCCACUCCUACUGCUGGUAAGUCAUCAUGACCAAUUUGGCAGUCCUUCAAUUACAUUUGAGUAACCACAUAUACAAAAUGAUUUUAUUCAAAUUAUAAACAUACAAUGCAUGUGAACAGUUACUGAUCCAUAGCAGAGUAUUGCAACACAAGGUGGUUCCUAGUUUAGGUUGUACAGGUUCUCCUUAUGCACUGCUAAUCCAUACUUGGGUAAGACAGAAUACCAGGGCAGAGGUCUGUAUUUUGGUUAUCACUCAUGACCACACUUACUUGAUAAAAAUACAGUCAUCGUAGUCCCUUGUGGUAUUUUGUUAACACCGCAAUCAAAAUGAUAAAAAACUGGCAGCACUACCUUUGUGUUUUUGUGUGUUUUGAGAAUUAGUGUAUCUCUUUUUAAGUCAAGAAAAGGUGUAUAGGAUACAUUUUACUGCAGCGAGCAUAAUUCUGAAAUCUUCACUGCAGAGCAGUAUUGUGAACCAUUAAAAGUUACAAAAUGAAAAAUUAACUAUUGUUAAACAGUACUCUAAUGAGUCUUUUAUGAUGGCACUGUGUUUCAGGUCAGCCGCAAUAUGAAGCCACAAAAGCCUACAUGCCUAAGGAGCCUGAUGAACUGGGGCUGCAACAGGCUGAACUUGUUAUUGUCCUGCAAAAGGAAGAAGGUGAUGCCGUGUGUUGACUGUAGCUCCAUCUCCAUUGACAAUUCAUCAAAAACAGCUAAACAACUUAUGUCAUUUCACACUAACAUAAAAACAUGCGAGUGCACUUACAAGAUUAUCUGAACUCUGCUUUGCUGCAGCCUGGUGUUAUGGGGAGAGAAUGCGAGAUGGAGAGAGAGGCUGGUUCCCUGCAAGCUGUGCAACAGAGAUCACCAACCCGACUGCCAUGGAGGACAAUGUGCAACGCAUGAAGCGUCUGCGCAAAGAAACUAAUGUGUGAGAAACCCAUCGGCUUUAUCCUGAUGAAAUCGUCUUUAGGAUUGAUGUGAUGUUUAGUUUUGGUUGAAACUGCACUGCUGGUGACCCAUACUCGAAACAUGCCAAUUAUUUACUUUAACAGUAAAUUUUACACUAAGACUUGCCAAUCUCUAAUUGACACAGGUGUAGCCCAAAGUUUAAUUUUAGUUUCAACAUAUUAAAUUGCAAUGUUAAAUUCUGUACAUGCAUCAACAAUCAGAAUUUGUAUGCAAUAUUUAAGUGUAUUACAUACACUUGCUUUCAUGUCACCUAGUCUCAGGAUUAAGAACUUGAUCAUAAAGGCUAUCACAUCUCUCAAUGCAUCACAAUAUGGUUGUAUGAUGCUGUGUAGAACUUCAUGUAGGUGAAAAGUGACAGCUGUGGAAUUGUCAAUAUGAUGAAAUGUUUUCCUUUUAAGAUGCAGCUUGUAUAAUUGUACUAUUUUUUACUUGGUUAAUGCAUAAAGAUGGACUACAUUUCUCAAUCGUCGAGUUGGAGAACUAAUAUCUACAAAUAUGUAAUUUUGUAUUCAAGGGUUUGGUUAGUUUUGAGUGUAUCAUACAUAUCAAGGACAAAAUUCACACAUUUUUCUGGUUUCUUGACUUUUAUUUGAGCUUGCAUUUUGUUAAAAUGUUUGAAUACAUAAAAAGUUAUUUAAAAAUGUCAAACUGACCAGAUAUCAAAUUUCAUUUUUUUCUUUAAAAACCAUUUGGUGUAAAAACUUAGGAUAGAUUUAGAAAAACAUUUGCUGUUUCCCCAAAAUGUUUUGUUGCUGUCACAUAAAAAUAAUGGAAAAAAAACAGGUCUGCAUAGAUUCUGCAGGCAAUCGGUGGUAAUCUGGUCAAAUGCAUGGUGCAAGCUUGUGACGAUCGUCAAGUCAAAUCUUUAUUGCUCAGAUCUUGUUUGAUGUUUCUUCUUGUUGACAAAAAAACUGCAAAAAAUAAAAAAUAGAUGACAUUACCAUUAUGUAAUCAUCACCAGGUAGAAGAAAGAUAACAAAGGAUGGGCCCUGCACAGAUUCCAGACAGUUCGCUUUAUCAAAAUUUCAUACAACAUUUCACAUGGAAUCACCUACUACAGAGCUGAAGGGUAAUGAAAAGCCAAGCAAUACUCCUUAAAAAAAUUACAAUCUUAAAAGGAAAAAAUAUUGUUCUGUUGGCUCUGUUUAAACCUAGAUGCUCACACAACUUAAUCUAAAAUUAUUAAGGACAGAGUAAUAUCUGCCAUAUACUAACCCGGACGAUGGUAAAAGAUGGUAGGUGCCGGUGGGCAGGUUGUUUCCUACUCAGCCCCACCCUGCUGGGCUUCGGGAGCGGACGUUUUCUCUGCAGAUGGGUCACCUCCUGUCUUGGGCUCCUUAUUUUCUUGGCCAGGUUUUCCACCAGUCUGUUGGCGUCUGCGGCGGUAGUUGAAGUUGCGGCGAUAACGCCGCUGGCGGGGCUGUUGGUUCUGACCACCUUCACCGCUCUGAUUCUCCUUGUCCUCCUCACCGUCCCGCACCGGUCUGGGACGGGGUGGACCCCUGCUGGAAAUAAUAAAACCACUCAGCUAUAGCAACCAACAAAAAAAACACUAAUAUAGAAUUCACUGCAGAGAAAAUAACAGCCACAUAGACAGGAUGCAGCCUCAAGUCAAAAUACAAAUUCUGCAACAAAGAAGUACACGUGGCUCAUUUGGAUGCACAGCUGCGACUGAGGUUUUGCUGCAAAAAGGGAGAGUUUCUCUGGGAAAUUUGUACUUGUUUGUUCUCACCACCCCUGUGAUGUCAAGUGGGAGAGCCAAUACAGAUGGCAUUUGUCAAUCAGGUAAAUUGAAGUCAAAUUAAGAUGUAGAGACUGGGGCUAUCUGGACUGUAAAGAACUUUUACUCUCCAAUUGUUGCAGCCCUGCAUUUAUGAAGCCAACAUGCAAACCUUGGUCUGAACCUUGGUCGGAAGCCUCUGUAGUAGUUUUGUCUCACUGGUUUGUUGCCCUGGUCUGGACCUCCCUGUCCCUCGUCACCCUCACCUCC